GGGAGAGCGGAUAUAGGGAAUGCGGGGUCCGGGGGUCGGGGGGGAUAUAGGGAAUGUGGGGUCCGGGGAGAGGGUCCAGGGAGCGGGGCGGGGGAUAUAGGGAAUGUGGGGUCCGGGGAGAAGGGAUAUAGUGAUAUGGGGUCAGGGGAGAGGGGAUAUAGGGAAUGUGGGGUCCGGGGAGAAGGGAUAUAGUGGAUACGGGGUCAGGGGAGAAGGGAUAUAGGGAAUGCGGGGUCCGGGGAGAAGGGAUAUAGUGGAAUACGGGGUCAGGGGAUAUAGGGAAUGCGGGGUCCAGAAGGGAUAUAGGGAAUGUGGGGUCCAAGGAGAAGGGAUAUAGUGGAUACGGGGUCCGGGGAUAUGAGGAAUGCAGGGACUUGUAAGUGGAGUCAUUGCCGGCAUCAGACUGGUGGGUGGAGCGC